UUCAUUUCUUUGAGUUUUGGACUUUGAAAGAAACCCAAUUGGCAAAACAAAACUACCAAAUUAGUAGCAGACAGUGCGAGUCAUCGAGACAAUCCAAGGAUUCGCAGCAGCCGUCGCUACUUCCCACAGAUCGUCAGGCCAAUUGUAGAGACCUCCGUAGGCCUCUGAUUCCGAAGUAAAGCCAAAUGGCGUCCAUGGAAGUUGAUAGCGCCAACUCCAAUACUUCUGACCCUGAAAAUCCUAGAUUUUCCGUUAACGUAUUGCAGCUCUUGAAAUCUGCCCAAAUGCAGCAUGGAUUACGUCAUGGAGAUUAUACUCGCUAUCGGAGGUACUGCACAGCUCGGCUAAGGAGGUUGUAUAAAUCUCUGAAGUUCACUCAUGGCCGUGGAAAGUACACCAAACGAGCCAUAACUCAAUCAACUGUUAGCGAAGUCAGGUUUCUCCAUGUGGUUCUUUAUAUGGCGGAGAGAGCAUGGAGUCAUGCCAUGGAGAAAAGGCAAUUACCAGAUGGUCCAAAUGCACGCCAACGUAUCUAUUUGAUUGGUAGGCUCAGGAAGGCAGUAAAAUGGGCCACUCUCUUUGCACAAUUGUGUGCAAGCAAGGGAGACUCGAGAACAUCUUUGGAAGCAGAGGCUUAUGCAUCGUAUAUGACUGGAAACUUGUUGUUUGAACAAGAUCGAAAUUGGGACACUGCAUUACUGAACUUCAAAAGAGCUAGAGCUGUUUAUGAGGAACUCGGCAAAGUAGGAGAUCUAGAGAAUCAAAUUUUGUGUCGUGAACGUGUAGAGGAGCUAGAACCUAGCAUACGAUACUGCUUGCACAAGAUUGGGAAGUCAAAUCUACAGGCCUCUGAACUUUUACAUAUUGGGGAGAUGGAAGGCCCUGCUCUAGACCUUUUCAAAGCUAAAUUAGAGGCUGUCAUGUCGGAGGCCAGAUCUCAGCAGGCUGUUUCCAUGACCGAGUUUCAUUGGCUUGGUCAUAGGUUUCCAAUAUCCAAUGCAAAAACCAGAGUUUCCAUAUUAAAAGCUCGAGAAUUAGAAAAGGACUUGCAAGGUUCAGCAGAUUCACUUCCAGCAGAGAAAAGAUUGUCCAUUUUUGAUAAGAUCUUUGCAGCAUACCACGAGGCAAGGAGCUCCAUUCGCAGUGAUUUGGUCAGUGCUGGAAAUGCUGAAAAUGUUAAAGAUGAUUUAAGUGGGCUUGAUAAAGCUGUUAGUGCAGUGUUGGGUCAAAGGACAAUAGAACGCAACCAGUUAUUGGUAAAAAUUGCAAAAAGUAAGCUUGUUAGGCGCCAUGAUGAAAAAAAUGAGAAAGUUACCAAGCCGGAGGAACUUGUUCGCUUGUAUGAUCUUUUAAUACAAAAUAUUACUGAUCUUUCGGAUUUAGUCAGUUCCGGAAGAGAUAGGAGGCAGGAAGAAGUGACGUUUGCUGAAGAGUGCUCGGUUAAAAGCAUAGCUUUUCGUGGAGAAAGGUGCUUUUACUUGGCAAAAUCAUAUAGUUUGGCUGGGAAAAGAGCAGAAGCUUAUGCACUAUAUUGCCAUGCUCGGUCCCUUAUUGAAGAUGCCAUACAAAAAUUCCGUACGGAAAAUAUCGACGAUCCGAAGUUGAUGGAAGAGUUGAAGACAUUGAUUGAGGAAUGCAGAGCGAACAGUUGUAUAGAGCAUGCAACUGGAAUUAUUGAGGAGGUGAAGGCUCCAGAGAAUCUGUCGAAGAAGAUCUCGAACAUGUCAUUGACUGGAGCAGAGAAGAAGGAGCAGAAGUCGGCCAAAUACCUUCUUCAGAGCCUCGAUAACUAUGAGUCUGCAGUUGGUGAUUCCAAUAUCAAGACUGCUCCACAUAUCGAAGCCUUUCCUCCCUCGUUUCAGGCAAUACCUCGAAAUCCCAUUGUUCUGGACAUUGCAUUCAACUUCAUUGACUUCCCAUCUCUUGAGAAUAGAAUGAAAAAGGACAGAAAGGGCUUUAUCAGUAGGCUAUGGGGAUGAGUUCCUUUGGCAAGAUUUUGUUUUCACUUAUGGUAUCUCUCUCUCUCUCUCUCUCCCUCCCUCUUUGUUGCCCAGAAUUUUUAAUUUUGGUGGUGGUUACAAGAAUAUAGAGACCUUGAUACCGAUCCUUUAACCACUUCUCGGCCCCCUUGCAUGAAUUUUGGUUCACAAUUAGAAAACAAUGACUGUUUGUUUCUUGGUUUCUCUUGGAUGUAUAACAAAGAUAUAGAACCAAUUUUUCAGGAUUUUUCUUAGAAGCCCUGCUUGUGACUACAGAAUACACAUUAGUUUAUCUUCUGAUUUUGGCAUUAAUUUUGAAUUUAUUGUGGAUAUUUUAGAAGUUUAUUUGCAAA